AUGUUUGGUUCUUUCAGCCCAGAUCUGCUCGCCGACUGCGACUACAUUGACGCGAUUGCCAACAAAGUUACCACCAUCGCACACAAAGACUUGAAGCUGAAUACCCCCGAAGCAAAACGUAUUCUCCGUCUGAACGAGGAGAUCCUACAGGACCAUCAAGACUACAAUGGCAUGGUCUUCGACAUGGCCCAGCGUCUAGCCCUAAGGGAGGACUGGCAAAGGUGCAUCCUACAAAAUGCAUUCGACAGCGUGCGUCAAACCUACACCGACACCUAUGGCGCGUCGGGAUCAGAUGAAGAGAGCGCCGAUGACGACGCCGGCACAAACGACGACGACACACACGCCGGGACCCAGUCAACCGCCAACGACGGUACAACUGGCGCUACAGCUGGCAGCGACAGCACCACAACCAGGCCUUGUGCCCUUACCUGA